AACUGAUAAAUAUACAAAUUAUUUAUAAUGUCUGAAUGUAGUUCGAAAGAUGUUAUAACCAUAGAUGACGAUGAUGAUAAUGAAGUUACUGAAAAAGACGAGAUAGCUGCUAUCGAUUACGAAUUGCGACAAAUAGAAACAGAAUUGCAAAAACUAGAAGACCGUAAGAAAAUAUUAAUUCAACGUAAACAAAAAUUGCAAGAUGAUGCAAUUUUGAAAAAAAGCUUGUCCCUAUCGAGAAAUAAUUGGGGAGGCGAAAACUUUAAAUGGUCAAAAAAUUUGAGGAAAGCAUUACAAGAUGUUUUUAAAGUUAAAGACAUGAGACCGUUACAAUUGCCGACCAUGAAUGCAGUUUUAUCUAAUGAAGAUGUUAUUUUAAUUAUGCCUACAGGCGGUGGCAAAAGCUUGUGUUACCAAUUGCCAGCUGUAAUUAGUAAAGGCAUCACUAUAGUAGUUUCUCCUUUGCUAUCAUUAAUGGAGGAUCAAUUACAUGGAUUGAGCAAACUUAACAUAAAAGCUUUAAUGUUGCAUGCAAAGGCAAAUAAAGAAAAUAUUAAGACCAUAAUGAAUUCUAUGAUAGAUACAAAAUCGGAUCUUAAAUUAAUUUAUGUUACCCCGGAAUACAUGGCCAAGUCUAAUCGUUUUAUGAGCAAGUUACAAAAGGCGUACGAAUUAAAAAGAUUAGAUCGUUUUGCAAUAGAUGAAGUGCAUUGUUGCAGUCAAUGGGGACAUGAUUUUAGAACGGACUAUAAGUUUCUUGGAAUUUUAAAAUCUAUGUUUCCAGGUAUACCAAUUCUUGGUCUUACUGCAACAGCUCCUGCUAAAAUUAUUUUAGAUGUACAAAAAAUGUUGGACAUUCAAGGAUGCCUAGUUUUGAGAGCUCCAUUUAACAGACCGAAUUUAUAUUAUGAAGUACGUCGGAAGCCAGCAGAUAAGGACACCUGUCUCGCGAUGAUAGAAAAUUUAUUAAAAAAUAGGUUUAAGGAUAAAUCUGGUAUAAUUUAUACGACUACUAUUAAAGAUGCUGAGCAAUUAACUACGGAUUUACGUGGUUUGCAAUUAAAAGUAGGAUGCUAUCAUGCGAUGUUAGAAGCAGAUUAUAGAUCCGAGGUAUACGCCAAAUGGAUAUCUGGUAAAUAUCAAGCUGUGAUAGCUACUAUCGCAUUUGGAUUGGGCAUAGAUAAACCAGAUGUUAGGUUUAUUAUACACCAUUGUAUUUCUAAAUCUAUGGAAAAUUUUUAUCAAGAAAGUGGAAGAGCUGGUAGAGAUGGUAAAAAAUCAGCAUGUAUCGUCUUCUUUAGAUUACCAGACGUGUUUAAAUUGAGUACCAUGGUGUUUCAAGACAAAGUUGGUUUACAGAAUUUAUAUAAAAUGUUAGAAUAUUGUUUGGAUCAAAAUUCGUGUAGACGUAACCUGAUAGCUAAACAUUUUGAAGAAAAUUGGGAAACCAAGGAUUGCGCUCAAAUGUGCGAUCAUUGUCGGAAACCAAAGGAAAAGAAGGAAUUAAACGUAGCACCUUAUUGUAGACAUUUGUACGAAAUAAUUACUAACGCAAUUCAAAGCGAGACAAGAUUAACGUCAUUAAAGUUAAUAGACGCCUGGUUUGGUAAAGGAGCAUCUUUAUUAAGAGUUGCCAAAGUGCCUAUUCCACCAUUUUCUAGAGAAACUGCAGAAGCUAUAACAGGACAUUUAUUAAUAAACGGCUACCUGCAAGAAGACUUCCAUUUCUCUGCAUACUCUACUAUAUCUUAUUUGAAACGUGGACCUAAAUGUGGAUUAGUUUCAAACAAAGACUAUAAAAUAAUGUUUAAUUACGAAACGUAUUAGUAUAUGAAUUUAGAUACGGCGAACUGUGUAAAAAGUAUUUUACACAAAAUCUACUAAACCGACCACCUUUAAUUGUAUUCCAUUUAUUGACCAAUAACAACGAAUGCAAUGAUAUUAUUUAAAGUAAUAUACUAAAAUUCAUUGUUCGGUAAUCCGAUAUAACUAUUGAGUCAUGCAUUCGAUGUUAUUCAAUAAUAUAAAAGAGAGAAAAAAGACAAAUAAUAUCGAUUGGUUAGAGGAAUGAGAAGGAAGAUAAAGUUUAAGAGAAAAAUUCAUAUACACUAUUGAGAUAGAGAGACAAAUAUAGACUCUCUCUAGGGAAAUUGAAACCAAAGAGGAGACCAACAGUUUAAGAGAGUGGAGGAUAGAAAG